CUGAGCUUGGAACGCUGCGAAAUUCCCACCUCCUGGUUCGGCGGGAAAGCGGCGCCGCGCUUGGAGCGGCUCGUGCUGCUCAACGUUCCCGCCUUCUCUGAUCGGCACCUUCUCAACGUGGCCACCUGGAGUCACCUCAGAUCUCUGUCCCUUCAAGGGACUUACCGUGUCACGGAUUCUGGGAUCCAAAGAGCAGCUCCACACUUGGAAAAGUUGGAAUUCCUGGUGCUUCGGGAUUGCGGCGUCGGCGACUCCGCCGUGGAAUCCGUCUCCCGGUUCGUGAAGUGCCUGAAAUUCCUGGAGAUCGGCCAAGCUCAUUCCCUCACCAACCAGGGCCUGGCUCAUUUAACCAUCCUGCAACACCUGGAGACCUUGAUCCUGGAUCUGGAUGACAAAAUUCCUCCUGGAGACGUCGUCACCUUGUGCCAAGCGCUGCCUCGGCUGAGGAACCUCCAGUUGAGUCCAACUCACCUUGGAGGUGACGCAAUAAAGACAAUUCGGGCGAUUUUACCUCACUGUAAAGUCUCACCUGCCCCUUGA